AUUCGAAAGCGCAGGCGCACAGGCAAUACUGUCAGUUUAUACAACAUGGCGGCGUUGUUUGCAAGAGCUUUGCAGAGUGUGGCUUCCAGAGCUUCCUUAACUGGGAUCAGGGUCGCCACUGCAGCUGUUCUUGGCAGACCAGCAGGCUGCUCAGUCGCCAAGCAGAAAUUCUCCUUCAGUACAAGUUGUUCGAGAUGGGCACCAGCCGUCACCCAGCAUGCACCAUUCUUUAAAGGCACUGCGGUGGUCCAUGGAGAGUUUAAAGAGAUCAGCUUGGAUGACUACAAGAGCAAAUACCUGGUCCUCUUCUUCUAUCCGCUUGACUUCACAUUUGUCUGCCCAACAGAGAUUAUUGCUUUCAGUGAAAAAGCCAAAGAGUUCCGAGAUGUGAACUGUGAAGUGGUUGGAGUUUCCGUGGAUUCGCACUUCACCCACCUGGCCUGGAUUAACACACCAAGAAAGAGUGGUGGGCUGGGAAGUAUGAACAUCCCUCUGCUGUCAGACCUCAACAAAACCAUUUCAAGAGAUUACGGUGUGCUGUUGGAAGGGCCUGGCAUUGCACUGAGAGGACUCUUCAUCAUUGAUCCCAAUGGUGUGGUAAAGCACAUAAGUAUCAACGACCUGCCAGUGGGCCGAUGUGUUGAUGAAACUCUGCGGCUUCUCAAGGCCUUCCAGUUUGUAGAGACUCAUGGGGAAGUGUGCCCGGCCAACUGGACACCACAUUCACCAACGAUCAAGCCGUCUCCAGAGGGCUCCAAGGAAUACUUUCAGAAGGUCAACAAAUAGAUGAUCAGCGGCCGCGUCUGAGAAGCACUUCCAAGCUGGACAUGGUGACGUAGAUCUAACACGUGUCUUGCGUCUGUUGAAUGAAUAAAAGCAUCCGAGUAGAAUUCUAUUUUACAUAAACUGUGUAAUAACAUCCA